AUGGGUAGGGACACUAUUGCUGACAUAAUAACCUCUAUACGAAAUGUCGACAUGGAUAGAAAAGUAACGGUUCGAAUAGCAUCUACUAAUAUCACCGAAAACAUUGUUAAAAUACUUUUACGGGAAGGUUUUAUCGAAAACGUGAGGAAACAUCAGGAAAGCAACAAAUAUUUUUUGGUUUUAACCCUGCGACAUAGAAGGAAUAGGAAAGGAACAUAUAGAACUAUUUUAAAUUUAAAACGGAUCAGUCGACCUGGUCUACGAAUCUAUUCUAACUAUCAACGAAUUCCUAGAAUUUUAGGUGGUAUGGGGAUUGUAAUUCUUUCUACUUCUAGAGGUAUAAUGACAGACCGAGAGGCUCGCCUAGAAAGAAUUGGUGGAGAAAUUUUGUGUUAUAUAUGGUAA